CGGCACUCGAAGCGAACGGACGUGUAUUUUGAGAGAAUUUUGUGGGGUUUUUCGAUUUUUUUGUGAAUUGUGACUUGAAAGUGAGUGUUGUGUUCAGGAAUUCCGAAGGUUACCAUGACAACGGUGUAGCAGUCAUCACCAUGGCAACAUACAUUGAAGACGAGGAAAGAGCAAUCUGCGACGAUAAAAUGGCACACAGACUGCCAACAUUACAAGAAAUCAAAACUAACGCUAGACAAAAGACAGACUUCAAAAUCAUCACAAUGAAAAACAGUAUACAAUACAAUAACUUCGGAUAUAAAGAAGAAUUAACAAGAAGAAUGAAGAAAGAAUACAGAUGUUACAAUCUAUGCUUCCUAAGUGUAUGCCUCAGUUUUAUCCUAGGAUUAACAAUAGGAAUAGUCCUUAUGAAAACAUCCCAAAAUAUAACUAGAAGAGUCACUAUAAAUAGCAGUAAAGACUUAAGAACACUUAAUUCAUUUAAACAUGAAACUAAGACUGAUUUCGAAGUAAAAGACGAGAACAAAUAUGACACAGUGACAGCUGGUCAUAAAUAUAACAAAGAUGUCUACCCUAAAAGCUUAACAGAAGAUAUGAAGGAGAUACUUAAAGAUAACAAAUCUCAUCACAGACAUGUGAUAGCACAUAUUAUUAAUAGUACUAAGCCUUAUGUUCCUAGUGACCAAACUGUGUUGUAUAAUAAUGUGUAUUGGGGACCAGAGGUAGAAGAUUCAAUGCCACAAGGAUAUGGAGUGAGCAGUGGGGAGCUCUGGGAAGAAUACGUCGGUCAAACUGAAGUUGUAGAGAUGAAGCCUGGAUGUGGCCGCAUGCAGAAUAGACUAGUCAUCUUCAAAGAUGGAUCUCAAGCGUGCGUUAGAUACAGACAAAACACGGAUCAGAUCCAGGGCGAAAUCUUCAGUUUCUACGUAGCUAAAUUAAUGAAUUUAACCAAUCUAGCUCCUUCUGUAUUGAAAAUUGUUGAUUUAAAGGACAAGCUUUGGGCAAAUGUGGCGAGUGAUAUAGCAACAGCGCAAUGGAAUAGCAACAGAGCUGUGGUUUUAACCCAAUAUAUACCAAGUUUGGAAUCAGCAACGAUACCAGAUAUUUUCAAACCAGCUAAUAGACAUUUAAAUAAACACGAUGUAAUGAAAAUGUCUUUGAAAGAAAACGAAGCGCCAAAGGAAAUAUUAAUAGAAAAACUAAAGACGAAAACAACUAAAGUCAAGACAGUAGAUCAUUUUGAUCAUAUUGAUUUGAAAUUAAAUAAGAAGACAAUAGAUUCAUUUGUAGAACUAGCUCAAUGGUCUGAUCUCAUUAUUUUUGAUUAUCUAACAGCUAAUUUAGAUAGGAUUGUAAAUAAUCUGUUUAACUACCAAUGGAAUAUAAAUAUAAUGGAUGGUCCAGCUCAUAAUUUGGCGAGAAAAAUGGAUAGCGGACUUCUUUUGUUUUUGGACAAUGAAUCAGGACUAUUACAUGGUUAUAGACUUUUAAAGAAGUAUAAUGUGUAUCAUAGUUUGAUGUUAGAUAAUCUGUGUGUGUUUAGAAGAACUACUAUAGAAGCUUUGAAAAGAUUGUAUGAAAUGAAAGCAGUAGGUGUUAAAUUAAGUGAAAUGUUUCAUAAGAAAAAUAGUGCUGUAAUAAGGGAUAUAUUACCACCUUUGCCGGAGAAGAAUGCUAAGAUUUUACAUGAGAGAAUAGGUAAAGUUUUGAGUCAAGUUGAAAAGUGUGAGUCGAGUUUUUCUAACAGAUAAUGAGUGUGAGAAUUUAGGAAAAAAUCCGAAAGUAAAUUGAAUAAUUCAAACACUAUUUGUUAAAUAUUGAACUGGAUUUGAUACGAUAUUUCUGGUGAUCGAGGUCACUCAUUUAUUUCAAAUGCACCAAAUCAGAGCCAUAUCACCAGGGUCGUAUCAAAACGAGAUCAAAACUGUAAUAAUGUUGUUGAAAAUCCGCAGCAAGGACCGUUUAUAGAACUAACUUGUAAAAGAAACUAACUUGUAAAAGAAACGAAAAAGAGCAGAAACAAGUUAUGGAAGGAAAACUUAAAAUUGUAUUUUUUCUAACUGAUGUCAGAAGUUAUAACUAUUGAAAGUACAAAGUUGUAAAAUGAGAAAGCGUAAUAUGUUUGCAUGGAGAACUAAGGUUGCUGCGGGCUCUAAUCUAUUAUCCAAUAUCCUUGGAUAUAAUUAAUGGAUCU